AUGGCUUCUAAAGGAGCACGAAAUGAUCCAGCUUGGGAUCAUAGUGAAGAGGUACAAGUACCUGGAGAGGGUGCCAAAAAAGGUUACAAAUAUCUCAAGUGUAACUAUUGUAGCAAGGUCAUCAAAGGGGGGGUAAAACGAAUGAAGGAACAUCUUGCUGGAUCACGAAAAGAUGCUGCACCUUGUGUAAACGUGCCCGACAUAGUAAAGGAAGAAAUGAAACAAUAUCUAAAAGCAUAUCAAGAUCAGAAAUUCACUAAGCAACUUAAUUUUGAGGAAAAUGUGGGUUGUGGAUCAUACCAUAUGAGCAAUAGCAAUAACAAUGUUAUGGGUGCAAAUUCUAGUCCUAGUGUUAGCACCAAGGGGGUUAGAGGCCCGAUAGACCAUUAUAUGGAGAUUCCACUUGAUGAUGACCAAGGGACAGUAGCGGUUGAGAAGAUGACACCAGCGAAGGCUAAAGAACACCGCAAUAGAGUUUGCUUGGAUAUUGGGCGAUGCUUUUAUGAGAAUGGGAUGCCAUUUAAUAUUGCAUCGAGUCCGGCUUUUGUAAAUAUGGUGCGUUCAAUUGGUAAUUAUGGUCGUGACUUAAAACCUCCUUCGGCACACGAGUUGGGCACUUGGAUUUUAAAAGAAGAAGUCAAGACAACCACUACAUUUGUUGAUGACAUAAAAGCUACAUGGAAGCAAACAGGAGUUUCAUUGUUAUCAGAUGGCUGGUCCGAUAUUAGAAACAGAAGCUUGAUUAACUUUCUUGUGAACAAUCAAUAUGGGACAGUCUUUUUGAAAACUGUUGAUGCGUCAGAUUGCAUAAAAAAUGCACAAAAGUUGUUCGAGCUACUUGAUGGUGUUAUUGAGGAAAUCGGUGAAGAUAUUGUCAUUCAAGUGAUCACAGAUAAUGCAAGCGCGUACAAAGCUGCUGGUACUUUGUUGAUGGAGAAGCGAAAACAUUUAUAUUGGACUCCGUGUGCUGCUCAUUGCAUAGAUUUGAUGCUUGAGAAGAUUGGAGGGUUGCCACAAAACAAAAAUGCUUUACUUAAGGCGAAAAAAGUAAGCAAUUUUAUUCAUAACCAUCAAUGGGUUUUGAGCUUAGCAAGAAAGUUUGCAAAGAAAGAUCUUCUUCGCCCUGCUGCCACCCGAUUUGCCACUGCAUUUUUGACACUACAAAGCAUGUACGAGUUGAAACAACCAUUACAACAGAUGUUUGUUUCAACUGAGUGGUCAAAUUGUGCUUGGGCUAAGAAGUCGGAUGGAAUAGCUGUCAAGAAGAUUGUCAUGGAUGAAGUUUAUUUUUGGCCAAGUGUGGUUUAUUCAAUGAAAACCACAAAGCCUCUGGUUCAUGUUUUGAGACUUGUUGAUGGUGAAAAAGAACCAGCAAUGGCUUAUAUUUAUGGUGCUAUGGAUGAAUGCAAGGAAAAGAUUGCCAAAAAUUUUGAUGGGGAUGUGGGUUCUUAUAAGGAAAUAUGGGACAUUAUUGAUGAAAAAUGGGAGAAUCAAAUGCACCGUGACUUGCAUGCAGCGGCUUAUUUCUUGAACCCGCGCUAUAGGUGGAGUCCCGAUGUUUCCCGACAUCCCGAGAUAAAAAUGGGUUUGUAUAGGUGCAUGGAAAGACUCUUGGAUCAAGAAACUAAUGAAAAGGUUGAUUCACAGCUCGAUGAGUUUAAGUACAAGAGAGGGUUGUUUGGAUAUAAUGCGGCUUUAACAUCAUACCUUAAACGGCCUCCGGUUGAAUGGUGGGAUAACUUUGGAGAGAGUGUGCCCGAGCUCAUGAUGUUUGCAACAAAAAUAUUGGGUCUAACUUGUUCCGCUUCAGCUUGCGAAAGGAAUUGGAGUACAUUUAAUCAAGUACACACAAAGAGAAGGAACCGGUUGACUACGAGUAAAAUGAAUAGCUUGGUGUACAUUAUGUACAACAAGAAGUUGAAGAGAAAGUUUGUCUCAAAGAAGAAGCUAGGAGAGGAUGAUGAUCCUUUGAUUGUUGAGGAAUUGCCAUCUGAUGAUGAAUGGUUAGCCGACCCAAGUAUUGAAGAUGAUGAGAAUAGUGAAGAAGUUGGAAUGGAUGAAGUUGCAACAGAAGUUGGAACAAGUGCAAGUUCUAGUUCAAAAAGGAGGAAAGGUGUUCAACUAAAUCUGGUUGAUGAAGAUGAUGAGCUCGAUGGUCAAACGGAAGAUGAUGAUGACCUUGGUUUAUGUUGA